AUGCAAAACUUAACUCAGAGUCCAAUUAAACAUCUAAUUAUAGAAGGGGAUAAUAGUCCUGUAAAUUUUAUAGAUGACUUUGAAUUAUCGAGCCAAUCUUCCUAAAACAAUACAUUUAUCUAAUCAGCAAGGAAGAUUUCUGAUGGGGACAAUACAACAAGAAGAAAAAAGUUUCGGUCUUAAGACUUCACUGAAUAAUUAUACAUGUGGAAUGGCUACUUAGUGAAAAAAUUCGAACCGAAAUAGUUUUGA